AUGCCUUCUGCAGAGAACCCCACAACUUAUGGCUUCAUCGGCCUUGGGCUGAUGGGCUUGCCCAUGUGCAAGAAUCUGGCCAGCAGGCUUUCUCAUGGCGAGCGCAUCCGCAUCCUGGACCUCAACGAGGCGGCCAUGGAUCAACUCCACAGCGAGUUCCCCAAGCAAAUCACAAAAUGUUCUUCGCCAGCUCAAGUUGCCGAGGGCGCUGAGGUCAUUGUGACUAUGCUCCCAGAAGGCCGCCACGUUCAGUCAGUCUACAUCUCGGGCCCUGAUGCGCUCAGCACCGUCUCUCUGAAUGGGAAGCUAUUGAUAGACUGCUCAACAAUCGACACGGCGACCUCGCUGGGCAUCAAGGACCAUUUAAGCACAAAUUUCCCCGCUGCCUCCUUCUACGAUGCACCCGUCAGUGGAGGCGUCAUUGGCGCUGUUAAGGGAAGCAUCUCCUUCUUUGUUGGAUGCGAUGAUGCCACUGAUUCCAACUUUGCCACCAAGAUCCAGCCCAUCCUGCGAUUCAUGGGUGGAAAGAUCAUCCCCUGUGGCGGGCCGUCACUGGGCUUGACGGCCAAGCUCUGCAACAACUACCUCUCUGGCAUCCUUACGAUCGCGUGCUCCGAGACGUUCAACAUCGGCAUGCGCGCUGGUCUAAACCCUAAGAAGCUAUACGAGGUUCUGCACGCGGGUUCAGCGCAAAACACAAUUGCCGACAAGUUCUGUCCCGUGCCCAAUGUUGACCCCAAUAGCCCGAGUAGUCAUGGAUACACUGGGGGUUUCCGCAUGGCGUUGAUGCUUAAGGACUUUACGCUUGCUACGCAGAUGGCCGAGCGGGCUGGUGCUGAGAGGGUUUUGGGAACCAAGGGCUUGGAGAUGUAUAGCUUGUUGAGUGGAGAGGAAGAGUAUAAGGAUUUGGAUGUAAGGGCGAUGUUUAGAUACAUUGGAGGGCAGGAGGACUGGGAACAACAAGAGGAAAGUCGGGAUGCCCGGGGUGUGGAAAAGAAUGGCAAUGGCACUAAUGGGCAUCAGGAUCUUGUAAAACAGCAUUAG